UAGCUGAAGAGAAAAGACAUACAGUAAAAGGGGUGCAGUUCAGGAACAGAUAUAACACUUCUGCAGAUCGAUGUAUAAUGAAUUCCUAGCCACAUGCUCAGCUGUAAUCGACCCUUUUGCUGUACCAAAUGAAGAUGAAGCCGAUCGAAUCAAGCGUCUACUGUGGAUUCAGAACGUCGAAAAAGAAAUGAGUCUCCAUCGGAGUCCAUUUGUUGCAGCUGAGACUCUGUGGAAAGAGACUGAGACAUUCGCGAAGCAUAUGCAUCAUCCAGAUAAUCUCUAUCUGCAGGUAGCUCUCCCAGUAUUGCGACAGUGUGUCCCUGCCCUGAAUGACACAUUUAGUGACGUUGUGUCCGCUGCUAUUCAUGAGCUCAUUCCUGUUGUUUUCUUCACACGCAGCUCUUUCUUAAGUGAUCAGCAGAGUAACGAUAGCGCAAGCGAAUGUGACAGAACACUUACACGGGUCAGCUUCUCAGAAUGCUUCUGGAGCUUAUAUAAAUUCCACCAAGAUUGUGAGGUGAAAUUGGCAAUCUUUGAAAAGAAAAAGGCGCUAGAAAAUGCUGUCAUGGGGCGUUUAGUGCGCUCUCUAGAUCGACUUUUUGUCAAGAUGUGUUUCCUUUCUUGGAGAACCUACUGCCGGGCACUCCGAGCAAAGACCGUCUUUUUCCAGAAACUAGCGCGACGAGGAAUGACGUGCUAUACAGUGCCGCGCUUCGUUGUAGCCUGGCGACGAUAUGCCCAUACGCUGAUGCUUAAGGCAAAGCUUGCAAGAAUAAACGAUUAUGCUUGUCGACUUGAGCUGUUAUACCCCCAAGAGUGUGCAGCGAAGAACCUUCAUGAACGCAUGAAUGAGGAGUUGCGCGAGAAGAUGCGUCUACUUAAAGCGGAAGAGGUGUGCGAAAAACAAACCAAGGAGCGUUUGGGUGCUCUGCAAGACCUUUAUAAAGAAACUCAAAAGUCUCUUCGGGAACAUUGGUCAGAGUGGUGCCGAUGCGUAAAAGCCGUGUUUGGAGACGCCCAUCCGUAUGACUACAGUAUGGAGGAAAACUUCUCCCAUAAGAGGGUUGUUUAUGAUCCGAAUAUUACGGAUAAAGCAUCUUUGUAUAUUAAGCGAGCCAAAUCCCAUACAGGGAGGAUAGAUAUUAAACAAAUUCAGCAAUGCUUGUAUUCACAAAAUGCCUCGCGUUUGGAUUCAAAGCAGGGAAUAAGCUAUGCAGAAAAUUCUUUUAAACAUUACACUAAAGAGGAUCCUAGCGUUCCUGAUGCUUUAGUGCGUUAUAGUUUCCCAUUCAUCUCGCGAAAUCAGUAUAAGGAGCUAAUGACCUUGCUGGAUGUGGCUUGCAAUUCAGUGAUUUCACCGCUCCAUCUCUGUGACAUUAUGCACAACAACCAAAAUGCUUUAGCAAUGGUGCUCAAUUUCAUCGUCUGUAUGUAUGGUGGUGGCCAUUGUUCGUUGUUUAAGCCAUCCCUUCGUUUGUGUGCUGAUGUAUUGAGCAACAAAGGACUGCAUGCGGCAUCGCCACCUCAAAAUACUGAUGACAGCAGCAACAUCGCUGAGAUGCCGUCUAAUUUCACCGCCGUAUCGAUGUUGGUGGAUGUUUCACAGGGAAUGGAGCGUCUGGAGUCCUGUUCCGCAAAGAAUGAACGCUACCUCAUGUCAAUUCGUCGCCUAAUGGAUGUAUCGGAAACAAGACACAUUCAGGACUAUAUUGAAGCGUUGUUCGAGUAUUUGAGCAGUAUGGAACUCCCUCUUGAUCGAGAAAAGAUCGAAUGCGUAGCCGUCGACUUUGUUAAGCCCGCUGAUGGCCCGGUAGUGCAUGCGCUUUACCCUUCAGCCGGAAUUUCAACUCCGUCAGAGUUGAUUAACUACCUCACGAGCUUAGCGGAAUUCACUGGUUGGCCGUUGUUGCGAAUUGCGGAACGUCUUGAGCUUGAGUACCCUUGUGAUGCUAAGGAUGAUCUUGUUUGUAGCUUUAAUGGGAGCGAUGUUACUCAGUCCCUGCAGGAACACAGUAGCAGGCUUUUGAGUCUCUUUGAGAUCCUAAAAGAGGACCAAUCCCUGAACGCUUUAUCGAAGGAAAAUACAAAAAAUAUGCUCAUAAAUGCACUGCAUAUGUCCCCUAUGCACGCGGAUGGGGUGUGGGAAGAUAUCGAAGCAAAAAGAAAGCAUGUCACAAAACAGGAACUUGGUGAGCUGCUAUUUAUUGCGGCUCAUUACUUAGAUUCGUCACCAUUCACAGCUCCUGUUGUGAAGCUGCGAAACGUUUUGGAUAGAUGCAAUACUUACGCGGAACAACUCAAUACCUCCAGUUAG